AGAAUCUGCUAUUUAUUGAUGAGCUUCACUCUUCUUGUGGCGGGAAUUGCACAUGAAACUCCACAACAAGUGGUGACAAGAUACAACAAUUACAAGGCGAUAUGCAAUGGAAUUGGUUUUGAAAAAGUGAACUGCAAAGAUCCUAAAAUAGAUACUAUUGCUUUCCAAUCUACACUCACCAAACAUUUGGUAAACCUGAAGUCACAUGAAACUGUGAUCUUUGAAAAGGUUUCGUUGAAUGAAGGAAAAGCUUACGACAAGACUUCCGGAAUAUUUACAGCACCGUCCGAUGGAAUCUAUUCCUUUACGUGGACAACAUUAACAAAAACUGGCAAAACUUUUAUUACCGACAUUGUGCGGAAUGGAGAAAUGAUUAUAAGAAACUUUUCUGAUGGGAGGGGCCGGGACGGGUAUGCCAUGUCAACCUCACAUGCUAACAUCAAAAUGAAAAAAGGCGAUAAAGUAUGGAUAAGAGCCCAUGGGACAUGGGGGCAGUAUGCUGAUGGUGGGGAAUGGUGCUUUUUUUCUGGAGUAAAAUUGUAG